UUAGGUCAACAAACCAUAUGUCAUUCAUCACAUGCAUGCACAUAUAUAUACUAUUAUCUUAGUUACUGCCUAUAAAUAAGCAAUCUCUUGAAACUGAAAACCCUAUUCUCAAACUCUCCCAAAACAAGCCAAGAACUUCAAAAGCUCCACUUCUUCCCCUUUUUCUUUACUGAAACACACACACACAAACCUCAUGGGGUUCAGAUUCCACAGAGUGUUUCACUAUGCAAAACACACUGUUCGCGUCCAUCAUUCUUCGUCUUCGUCUUCAUCAUCAUCAUCUUCAAAACUGAAGAAUCAUGUGCCAAAGGGCCACCUUGCUGUGUAUGUAGGUGAGAAUGUGCAGAAGAACCGGUUCGUCGUCCCGAUUUCUUACCUGAAUCAUCCAUUGUUUCAAGACCUGCUGAGGAGCUCGGAGGAGGAAUAUGGAUUUCAUCACCCAAUGGGAGGCUUAACCAUUCCAUGCAGUGAAAUAGCAUUCAAGAAUGUCACUUCUUAUUUGAAUCAGCUGCACAUUCAGUAGAUCGAAUCAAUCAUUUUAUAGGAUGGAAUUCGAGAAAUAUCCAUGAAUUUUUUAAUACUCCUACUAAUUUAUGUAUAUAGUAGUAAUUAUUAAUUAAUUAAAGAGUGUGCAACUUUGAUCACCCCCUUCUAUUUUUAUGUGGUCAAGUGGAUAUAUAUAUUAUAAAGCUGAUGAUUAUUUAUAAUUGU